AUGGAUCCACCGGUGAUACCGCCAUCCCCGCAGAUCUCCUCUGUAGAGGCCCCUCUCGGAGCAGCCAGUCCAUCCUUGCACUUCGAAACCCUUAUCACGCUUGAGAUGAUCCAGAGCGUUACGAUCAACCGGGAAAAGCUCUCCGAGUGGCAUCACAAGAUACGCUCGAGGCUUUUCCCGCUCGUUUCGGGGUUCUUUGUGCGUUGCCGCGUCGAGGACUCGCAGGAUGGGAAGGCGCUCUACAAGGUCGGACGGAUAAAAACCUUAAAGCAGGACUGGUCGGUCGAGCUCGACCUCCUCACGACGGAGGAGAUUCGCACGGGACGAAACAACACGAACUACGACUGUGUGAGCAACGCGAAACUCACCUCGACCGAGUUCUCCGCGUGGAUUUCGCACGUGCCGCAGGAGACCUUACCGGCGAUCGCCGCGAUGGUCUUCCGGAUGGAGGAGCGGCUGCGGAUGCUGGAAUCGCUCAUCCUGGUCGAACCCGCCUUCCACGCGCGGCGGCGGGAUGAGCGACGACGGGAGGAGGCCGGCGCCGCCCCCACGGCGAACGGCACCGAGAAGUACGUCUUUUCGCAGAACAUCCUGCUCUGCGAGGAUGACGGGGUGAGUUUGCCGCACACGGUGACGAUUGUGGAUUUGUUGCAGAACGCCGUGGGGCAAAAAGGGGUGGCGGAGCCGGAUACCCCGCGGGCGGGGGCCGCCCCUGCGAUUCGCCCAGGCCGCGUCCUCGACGACGCCGUCGCCAGCCACAGCACGAUGAUGCAGCUGCAGGAUAUGCGGAAUUACAUGAACUCCCCCACCCAACCCCCUGUGGAUCCCGCGCGGUUAAUCGAGAUGAUCCGCCGCGCGGCGAAGCCGAAUCACAACAGCUUCACCUACGACAACCUCGCCGAGUUCGGCAAGCUCGUGAUCUCGGUCUGCAACAUGUGUCGGGAGGUGGUCGCGAAGGAGCCGCUGUUCGUCCACCUCAAAUCCCCAAUCGUCGUGUUUGGCGAUAUUCACGGGAAUUUUGUGGAUAUGGCGUACUUUUUGGAAAAAGUGGUCGCCUUCGAUGACGUGAUGCUCAAGUAUACGACGCAGCAUCUGCUUUUUCUCGGUGAUUACGUCGACCGAGGGGCGUUUUCGCUGGAGUGUGUGAUGUACCUCCUCGCGCUGAAGGUGAUCAACCCGUCCAAGGUGACGCUGCUUCGCGGGAAUCACGAGUCGCCGGAGGUGAAUGGGGAUAUGGACGUCUACGGUUACAGCUCGUUUAAGUAUCAAUGCCUUGAUAAGUUCGGCCGGGAACGAGGCGUGGAUGUGUGGGUGGCGGUGAACGAGGUCUUCCAAUUCCUCCCGGUGAUCGCCGAUAUCGACAAACGGAUCUUCUGCGUCCACGGCGGCCUCCCACAGUACUCCGGCGGGGAGGAUAAACGGCUGGAGGUGAUCGCGGAUCCCUCCUUUCCCCGUAUUCCCGUCGUCCAGUGCGCGGACCCCACCAACGCGGUGCAGCGGAUGAUCGUCAACGACCUCCUCUGGUCGGACCCCGCGCCGCCGGAGCAGCAGCUCGAUCGCUACGGCUUCGGCCCCAACCCACGGGGGCCGGAUAUCAAAACCUUCGGCUCCCGCGCGGUGGAUAUGUUUUGUGAGCGCUACAACUACCAAUACAUCUUCCGCGCGCAUCAGGAAAAGGCGGAUGGGCUUCGACUCUCGGAUAACGCGCGCGUCGUGACCAUUUUUUCCACCUCCGACUACGCCGGUCACCAAAACGGCGCGGGCUGCAUCCUCGUGAGUAACGGGAAGAUACGGAUGGCGAUCAAAAAACCGCAGCGGGGGGAGGUAAAGGAGCUAAAGGCGCCCGUCUCCCCGCGCGGGCUGUCGAAGAGCAUCCCAGGCUUCGUCGCCCCGCGGCUGAAGCGGCUGUGA